AUGAGUUCUGUCCAAAUCCUCUCCACCACCGCAAUCCAUGCACCAAAUCACUUAAAUGAUCAUAUAGUCGAUCUAACACCAUGGGAUCUACAAUUCCUCCAAUUCAGAUACAACCAAACUGGUCUUCUUUAUCACCAACCUUUUGAGUUAGAUGCAACUAAUCAAUUCCAACACUUUAAAAAUUCUCUUUCCUCUACCCUUGAUUUUUUCCAUCUUUUCACAGGUCGUCUAAAAAUCACACAACACGAAGAUAAUACUAUCUCAUGUUCUAUUGAGUGCAACAACGAAGGAGCGCUGUUGGUUCAUGCUGUAGCGAAAAAUAUUACUGUUUCCAAUAUUCUUGAACCCAAUGAUCUUCCCCCUAUUCAUCACUCAUUAUUUUCACUUAACGGAGUAAAAAAUUAUGAAGGAACUUCACAGCCAUUACUUGCUGUCCAAGUAACAGAAUUAGUCGACGGCGUCUUUGUUGGCUUUACACUUAACCAUGUGGUUGGUGAUGGUAAAUCGUUUUGCCAUUUUUCCAAUUCGUUGGCCGAAAUCUCAAAAGGUUGUGUUAAAAUAUCCAAACUUCCAAUAUUUGAACGCUGGUUUCCAAGAGAUAUUGAAUGUCCCAUUCGAUUUCCUUUUGCAGUAGAGCUGCAAAAUAAUUAUUCUAAUAAGGAAGAAAAAAAGCUCAACUUGCCAGAAAGAUUAUUUCAUUUCACAAAAGAAAAUAUUGCUAAACUAAAAUUCAAAGCCAACUUAGAGGCUGGCACACAAAAUAUAUCUUCUUUGCAAGCACUUCUCACUCACAUUUGGCGUUCUUUUAUACGCUCUAGAAAACUUGACCCACAAACAGAAGUGAGUUUUGUGUUGGAUAUAGGCGUUAGACCAAGGGUGAUUCCUCCUCUGCACGAGGAUUAUUUUGGUAAUGCUGUGAUAGAUUGUGCGGUUACCAUGAAAGCCGGUGAAUUGUUAGAGGAUGGUGGACUUGGUAAAGGUGGUUUGAAGAUGAAUAAGACUAUUGCUUUGCACUCUGAUGAGAAAUUGAAAAGUGACUAUAAAAAUUGGUUGAUAACACCGAGUUUUAUUGUCACUCCUGAUGAAGUGCUGAAUAAUAAUUCAUUGGUGAUUGGUAGUUCGCCUUGGUUUGAUGUUUUUGUUAAUGAUUUCGGUUGGGGAAAACCAGUAGGUGUUCGAAGUGGAAGUUCAAAUAAAAGAAAUGGGAAAGUUUAUGUAUAUGCAGGUGUAGAAAAAGGUAGUAUGGACCUUGAAAUUUGUCUUCCCUAUGAAAAUUUGGAGGCAAUUGGGAAUGAUCCCGAGUUUAUGGAUCAUGCGACCCACUACCGUGGCUUCUAA